CUGACUAUCACAGCAGCGGCCACACUGUUAUUAAUGGCUGGAAGAUCCACAACACAGCAAAGAACAAAUGGUUUGUAUGCAUGGCGAAAAGCCCCGAAGAGAAGCAAGAGUGGCUGGAAGCUAUUUUGAAAGAGCGAGAGAGAAGAAAAGGUUUAAAAUUGGGCAUGGAACAGGACACUUGGGUGAUGAUCUCUGAGCAAGGAGAAAGACUGUACAAAAUGAUGUGCAAACAAGGGAAUCUCAUCAAAGACAGAAAGAGGAAAUUAACCACUUUCCCCAAAUGCUUUCUUGGAAGUGAAUUUGUGUCCUGGUUGUUGGAAAUUGGAGAGAUACACAAAUCUGAAGAAGGUGUUAAUCUUGGCCAGGCUUUAUUAGAGAAUGGCAUUAUCCAUCAUGUUACAGAUAAGCACCAGUUCAAACCCGAACACAUGCUGUACAGAUUCCGAUACGAUGAUGGAACAUACUACCCCAGAAAUGAGAUGCAGGAUGUGAUCUCUAAGGGUGUACGACUGUACUGUCGCCUUCACAGUCUGUUUACCCCAGUAAUUAGGGAUAAAGAUUAUCACUUGAGAACCUAUAAAUCUGUGGUCAUGGCUAACAAACUCAUAGACUGGUUGAUUGCACAGGGGGAUUGCCGGACAAGGGAGGAAGCUAUGAUAUUCGGUGUAGCUCUUUGUGAUAAUGGGUUUAUGCACCAUGUAUUAGAAAAAAGUGAAUUUAAAGAUGAACCAUUGCUGUUCCGUUUUUAUGCGGACGAAGAAAUGGAAGGUUCAAAUAUGAAGCACAGACUCAUGAAACAUGAUCUGAAAGUGGUGGAAAACGUCAUAGCCAAGUCAUUACUGAUUAAAUCUAAUGAAGGCACCUAUGGUUUUGGUUUAGAAGAUAAAAAUAAGGUGCCAAUUAUUAAAGUGGUGGAGAAAGGAUCAAAUGCUGAGAUGUCAGGCUUGGAAGUUGGGAAAAAAAUCUUUGCCAUUAAUGGUGACCUGAUUUUUCUGCGACCCUUCAGUGAAGUGGAUUGCUUCCUGAAAGCAUGUUUAAACAGCAGAAAGCCCCUGCGGGUUCUUGUGAGCACUAAACCACGGGAGACAGUGAAGAUUCCUGACUCUGCAGAUGGACUUGGAUUCCAAAUCCGGGGCUUUGGUCCAUCAGUUGUCCAUGCUGUUGGGAGAGGAACGGUGGCAGCUGCAGCAGGUCUCCACCCUGGCCAAUGCAUCAUCAAGGUGAAUGGAAUUAAUGUCAGCAAAGAGACUCAUGCAAGUGUUAUUGCUCAUGUCACAGCGUGCAGGAAGUACCGGCGGCCAAUGCAGCAAGAUUCUAUACAGUGGAUUUACAACAGCAUUGAAAGUGCCCAGGAAGAUCUUCAGAAAACAAACACCAAGCCCUCUGGAGAUGAUGGAGGUGAUGCCUUUGACUGCAAAGUGGAAGAGGUAAUUGACAAAUUUAACACUAUGGCAAUAAUUGAUGGGAAGAAAGAUCAUGUGAGUCUGACUGUUGAUAAUGUUCAUCUGGAGUAUGGAGUGGUUUAUGAGUAUGACAGCACAGCUGGAAUAAAGUGCCACGUGUUAGAAAAAAUGAUUGAACCAAAGGGAUUUUUCAGCUUGACUGCAAAGGUAUGA